CUUACUUUUAAUAGGUUUAACACACUAAUUGAAAUACCUAUGUUGUGUUGCCAUAUGUUUGGAUGUCAGGUUAAACAUGUAUGCAGAAUGUAGAGGCAUAGACAGGGCACACAAACUGUUUGACAAAAUGGGAUAUGCACAUAAUGGAUUUGGCGGUAGAUCCCAAAUUUAGUCCAUCAGCAGACGACAAGCUCACUAGAGUGUAGUUUUGGAGCUCAUAUGGCGGGCUAUAGCUUGCAAUCAACAGGAAAAAGUGACAAUGUUUUGGCUUUAUUUGUCGCGACUCCUUUUCCUAAGGCCAAAUGCUUAGGAUUGUUUCUCAAAAGCAGUUGUAGGAUGGGUGUGGAGAAUUAUCAUGUUGUAGAGUUAGUUGGUGAAGGUUCAUUUGGAAAGGUGUAUAAAGGAAGACGGAAGUACACGAGGCAGACUGUUGCAAUGAAGUUUAUUCUGAAAUAUGGUAAGAGUGAAAAAGACAGAUAAUUUGAGGCAAGAAAUUGAGGUAAAGCAAGUGGUAUUUUAGUUUAAACAAAUAGAUAUUAUUGUUUGUUGCAUCCUAUUUUGUGUAUGUCAUUUUGAUUUGACCUUCUCACUUGCUACUUAGUUUUAAGUAUUUCCCCCUUGUCUGUUUCCUUAACUCUUAAUUUCAUAGCAUCUUGUUGAGAGUUGAUGUGUAAUUGACAUUGUUUUAUGUUUUACUUAUAUGUUGAUUCGAUGCAAUUUGCUAGUGAAACUGAAUUUAUCUAGGUGUAAAAUUGAUGUUUGUUACAGAUGUAUCAUAAAAAACUUGAAAUGUAUACACGCUCAUCUUUUUGAGAGUUAAGGUGUAAUUGACAUUGUUUUACAUUUUGCUUAUAGGUUGAUUCAAUGCAAUUUGCGAGUGAAACCUACUUUAUGUAGGUGUAAAAUUGAUUUUUGUUAUAGAUGUAUCAAAUCUUUUAAACAACUUGAAAUGUAUACAUGCCUACAUUGCUUUAAAUCGGAUUCAUACCCUUAUAUGUCACCACCAAUGUGUGAUUCUUCCCUCUUCACAAAUUCAAUAGUGUAUCAAGGGCAUGUCGGUUCCUUGAUUUCCAAGUGAUUGAUUUUUACUUCUAGUCAUGGUAAGCCAAGAACUAUGCUUGAAAUCAACUCAACAUAUGAUUGUAAUGUGUUUCUCAAGUGCUAAAAUUGAAAUCAGCAUGAAGGAAAUGAAUAAUCAAACAAAUAAGAAGCAAAAAACACACUACACAAUAAGAAUGAAAAACAUGAUGCAUGAAAUGUUGUGCCUCCUUAUUUCAACUAAAAUCAGUAAGUUCAAAAGUGAUACCUCUUCAUUGGAGCCAAACAUU